GUUCAGCUAUCAUCUUUCAAUAACAAUUGUUUUUUAAAGAUGCCAGCAUUUGGCACCGACGAAAAGCCAGCAGAUACUAGCUACUAUGACCUAUUGAACGUAGAGCCAACUGCAGAUGCCGCUAAAAUCAAAAAGGCUUAUAGAAUUUUGGCAAUUAAAUACCAUCCCGACAAAAACAAGGAGCCUGGUGCAGAAGAGAAGUUCAAAGACAUUGGUGAAGCAUACCAAGUUUUAAGCGACCCUCAACUAAGGGCUGCUUACAACAAAUAUGGUAAAGACAAUGACCUAGCACCGGAAGGCGGCUUCGCAGACCCACAAGAAUAUUUCCAACAAAUGUUUGGAGGAGAUGCAUUUAGAGGAAUCAUUGGCGACCUUACUAUGGGUAGCAUGUUCGCCGAAGCUCAAGAAUCUGAGAUGCAAGAAGAAGAAGAGGCGGCUGGGGAUGAUAAGAAGAAGAAGAAAUAUGCUGGACCAAGUAAAGAACAGAUGGAAAAAAUGCAGGAACAGCAACGGGAAAGAGUUAAGAAGCUGGCCGAAAACUUACUUCAUAAGUUGUCAUUGUAUACAGACGGUCAGACAAAUGACGAACAAUCUGCUGCAGCUUUUGAGGAGCAGGUAAAAGUUGAAGCUGAAAAGCUGAAGCAAGAAAGCUACGGCUUAGAAUUACUGCAUUCUAUCGGCUUGGUCUACUCCAGCAAGAGCAAACAAUAUCUCGGCAUGAAAGGAGGCGAACUUCCCCGCGUAUUUCAAAGCCUCAAGGAAAAGAAGCAUAUCAUGGGAGAGCUGUGGUCUACCUUAAAGAGUGCUAUGGCUGUCCAGUCCACUGUAGAACUUAUCCAAAAGGCCGAGACACAAGGUUUAGAUCAAGCAGAACAACUCAAGCUUGAAGAAGACGCCACCAACAAGAUGUAUGCUGCAAUUUGGCAGUCCUCUAAGUUUGACGUUGAACAAACACUUCGUCAGGUCUGUGAUAUGGUAUUGCUUGACAAGAGCAUUCCUCAAAACAUUAGACGCAAGCGAGCGGAAGCAUUGAGACUGGUCGGGUACAUUUAUAAACAUGCUGAGGCAGAUAAGCCUGUAACAGAUUUGCUUGUCAAGACGAAAAAGCGAUAAAAUAUUACCUUUUCUCUAAUAUUAAUUAACGCAAGUAAUUCGGCCAUGUGCUACAAAAAAUUCUUAUGCCGAUAAAAUUAAAAAAAUUUCAUCGUUAUUGAACGGCUACACUGCCU